AGAAGAAUGCGUGUCCAUCUCAGUCCACCAGGCGUACUGCUCUCACUUGGCCUGGUGGUUUAGUUAUGGGGUCUGAGUCUGGGCCAUCUUGGGGCGGUGACGCCCCAGAGCUCUGGGCUCAGACUGGGCCGCCCUUUCACCGCGUCCCCAGGUCCUUGUUCCAGGGACCACUCCGGGGAACCCCUAGAGCAGUGCUUUCCCCACCAUCCAUUGGUGGCCAGAGUGGCGAGAGCUACUGCUGUCGCUGAAAGCUGCCCCCCAGCAGGGUUGCGCUUUUCCUUGGUGCAAUCGCUUCACCUGCCUCUUCAUAACAAAAACUGCUUCCUACUAUUAUUUCAUUGGGGCACCUCUGCAAGGUGGGCAGGUCUGUCACUCCACUUUAAAGAUGAAAUCAAAGCCCUGGAGAGAAAGUACCUUGUCCAUAGAGAACUCAGGCAUUCUGGUUUUUCCAGAAUUCUUUCCUCGCUCCCCCAUACCUCAAUGCAGCUAGAGGAGAGAAUCCAGCAGCAGGGAAGGACCAAAGAAGGCCAGUUUGGGUGAGGGAGUUGCUCCCUCUUCUUCAAUCUGCUUAGGGUUGGGGGGAGGGGGUUGGAAAUAGCUGGAAGGAUCGACCUCUGCUAAGAUAGAGCCACGUAGGCGCGCUCCACCUCCGGCCGCGCACCUUCUCCCCAUCCGCUUUGUUAGCGCCUCUGCGCCUGCGCAGUGCGACAAAUCUGGCGCUGUCCCCUUCAGCACCACGCGGAGCCCUCGCCUCCCCUCCCCGCGCUGAGCUGGGCCCAGCCUCACCCCUUCCUCUCCUCGGCCCCAGCUCCAGGCGAGCAGCGGCCCACUCCAGCCCUUGGUCCUGGUUCCAACCGGAACUUGUGGCUGGAAGCAUCCACUUCAGACCCACUCCCUGCUAGAGGAGGCUCAGCUUUGCCUGGCAGCCAAGGUCUUUUAAGAGGGCCUCCAGUCCAAACUCAGGUUGGGACAGAUGGUCUUUACUCCUCUCUCCCCAAUGGGCUGGGGGGGCCCUCUGAGCACCUGGCCACAUUAUUUCGAGGACCCGCUGACACUGGACUCCUGAACCAGGGGGACACCUGGUCCUCACCCAGGGAAGUCUCCUCUCAUGCUCAGAGAAUCGCUAGAGCCAAAUGGGAAUUCUUCUAUGGCUCCUUGGACCCCCCCAGCUCAGGUGCUAAGCCCCCAGAGCAGGCCCCCCCAUCUCUACCUGUGGUGGGCUCAGGGAAGGGCUCUGGGGUAGCUGUGGGGCGAGCAGCCAAGUACUCUGAGACGGACCUGGACACGGUGCCCCUGAGGUGCUACCACGAGACCGACAUCGAUGAAGUGCUGGCUGAGCGGGAGGAGGCUGACUCGGCCAUUGAGAGUCAGCCCAGCUCCGAGGGUCCGCCUGGCACUACCUGCCCACCUGCCCCACGUUCCAGCCCAUGCCUUGGCCCUCAUCCCAGCCUGGGCAGUGGCAAUGAGGACGAGGAUGAGGCAGGUGGGGAAGAGGAUGUGGACGACGAGGUGUUUGAGGCCUCAGAGGGGGCCCGGCCAGGCAUCCAGAUGUCUCACCCUGGGCCUCUCAAGUCGCCUGUGCCCUUUCUACCUGGGACCAGCCCUUCAGCUGAUGGGCCUGACUCUUUCAGUUGUGUGUUUGAAGCCAUCUUGGAGUCACACCGGGCCAAGGGCACCUCCUACACCAGCCUCGCCUCACUGGAGGCCCUGGCCUCACCUGGCCCAACCCAGAGCCCCUUCUUCACGUUUGAGCUGCCUCCCCAACCUUCUGCCCCCCGGCCUGACCCAACUGCUCCUGCCCCACUUGCCCCUCUUGAACCAGAUUCUGGUACCAGUUCUGCUGCCGAUGGGCCUUGGACACAGAGAGGGGAGGAAGAGGAGGCAGAAGCUGUAGCCAAGCAGGCCCCAGGGAGGGAGCCCCCUAGUCCCUGCCACUCAGAAGACAGCUUUGGGCUGGGGGCGGCUCCCCUGGGCAGUGAACCACCCCUGAGCCAGCUGGUAUCCGACUCAGACUCAGAGCUGGACAGCACAGAGCGGCUGGCCCUGGGAAGCACAGACACCUUGUCCAAUGGACAGAAAGCAGACCUGGAGGCCGCGCAGCGCCUAGCUAAGAGGCUGUACCGGCUAGAUGGCUUCAGGAAGGCUGAUGUGGCCCGGCACCUGGGCAAGAACAAUGACUUCAGCAAACUGGUGGCUGGCGAGUACCUCAAGUUCUUUGUCUUCACAGGCAUGACUCUGGACCAAGCUCUCAGGGUAUUUCUGAAGGAGCUGGCUUUAAUGGGUGAAACCCAGGAACGGGAGCGUGUGCUGGCCCACUUCUCCCAGAGAUACUUCCAGUGCAAUCCUGGAGCCCUGUCCUCAGAGGAUGGUGCACACACUCUGACCUGCGCCCUCAUGCUACUCAAUACUGAUCUCCACGGACACAAUAUUGGAAAGCGCAUGACCUGUGGAGACUUCAUCGGGAACCUGGAGGGCCUCAACGAAGGCGGAGACUUCCCCAGGGAGCUGCUCAAGGCCUUGUACAGCUCCAUCAAGAAUGAAAAAUUGCAGUGGGCCAUAGACGAGGAGGAGCUGAGACGCUCUCUGUCUGAGUUGGCCGACCCCAACCCCAAGGUCAUCAAAAGGGUCAGCGGGGGCAGUGGCAGUGGCUCCAGCCCUUUCCUGGACCUGACUCCUGAGCCAGGGGCCGCAGUCUACAAGCACGGGGCCCUGGUGCGAAAGGUGCACGCAGAUCCUGACUGCAGGAAGACACCUCGGGGCAAGAGGGGCUGGAAGAGCUUCCACGGGAUCCUCAAGGGCAUGAUCCUCUACCUGCAGAAGGAGGAAUACCAGCCUGGGAAGACCCUAUCAGAGGCAGAGCUUAAGAAUGCCAUCAGCAUCCACCACGCACUGGCCACUCGUGCCAAUGACUACAGCAAGAGGCCCCAUGUGUUCUACCUGCGCACAGCUGACUGGAGGGUAUUCCUCUUCCAGGCCCCGAGCCUGGAGCAGAUGCAGUCCUGGAUCACUCGCAUUAAUGUGGUGGCUGCCAUGUUCUCUGCACCCCCCUUCCCAGCUGCUGUUAGUUCCCAGAAGAAGUUCAGCCGCCCUCUGCUGCCCAGUGCUGCCACCCGCCUCUCUCAGGAGGAGCAGGUGCGAACCCAUGAAGCCAAGCUGAAGAUUAUGGCAAGUGAAUUGCGGGAGCACCGGGCAGCCCAACUGGGCAAGAAGGCCCGGGGUAAGGAGGCCGAGGAGCAGCGGCAAAAGGAGGCCUACCUGGAGUUUGAGAAAUCCCGCUAUGGCACAUAUGCAGCACUGCUUCGGGUCAAGCUAAAGGCGGGCAGUGAAGAGCUGGAUGCAGUAGAGGCAGCACUGGCCCAGGCCGGGAGCACAGAGGAUGGAGUCUUCCCACCUCACUCCAGUCCCUCCCUGCAGCCCAAAACCUCCAGCCAGCCCCAGGCUCAGUGUCAUGGCUCAGAGCCUCGAACAGGGGCAGGCAGUAGGCGGCAGAAGCCCUGAGUUGGGGGUGGGCAUGCGGGGGGGUGGUGCCCGCUGGGUACCUGCUGAGCCCGGGGCUGGCCUCGGGCCACCCCUGAGGGCUCCUCAGCCCAAGGCCCGACCGCGCCGGACGCGGUGUCCGGGGCAGGGCAGGGCUAGGGCAUUGGCCUCAGGAGCCUAGGCUAAGGGCCCCUCUAAGUUGACCCCCUUUUUGUGAUAAUGUUUUGCACUUUUCGUACUGGGGGCUGGGUGGGAGGGGCCAGGACCUCUGGACUUUUGAUGCUUUUUUUGGGGGGGGGAGGCCUGACAACUUUUCCGCUUUCUGCUGAGACCAUCCCCACCCCUGACACCAGCAAUUCCUCUCCAUCUUGGGGCCUGGCUCAGACAGAGGCCAGGAGUUGGAGCUGAGCUGGUUUUCCCUUCUUUCUCCCUGAGGGCUCACCCUCUCUCUUUCCAGAAGUGGAGGAAGGGUGUCCAUGCCCAGGCCCCCAUACAUAGGCCAGGGGUAGCAUGGCCUUGCUUCCCCUCCUUCAGUGGGUCCUGCCCUUUGUACAGCCUCCACCCUCAUUAAAAUUGCUCUGGACUUGCUG